UUCCUCCUCCCUCUUCCGUAUCGUCAUCACCCGGCGCUGCCCGGUUCUGCUCAGCGGCGAGUCCUGCUUCCGGGACCCUGCGGGACUCCGCGGGACCCCCCAUUUCAUUUCCACUCCCCAUUUCCACCUCCUCCAUCCAUGACCCGCUGGGCGCGGCGGAACAUCCCGCCCGGGGCGAGGGCGCUGGACGCGACCCCCUGGGAAGAGAUGGGGGGGCCGGGAAAGGAUGAGGAGGAGGAGAAGGAGAGGAGGAAGAGGAGGAAGAAGAAGGAGUAUGUGAGCGAGGACGUGAACGGGUUCUUGGCGCACCGGAAGCAGCAGCAGCAGCAGAAGGAGGAGGAGGAGGAGGCACUGAGGAAGGACUGGCGGCGGAAGAGCAGGAGGGUGAGGAGGCAGGAGAGAAGGAAGAACGCCAUGGUGUGUUUCCACUGCAGAGAACCUGGGCACGGCGUGGCUGACUGUCCUGCAGUCCUUGAAAGCCAAGACAUGGGGACGGGCAUCUGCUACCGGUGUGGAUCCACGGAACAUGACAUCAGCAAAUGCAGAGCCAAAGUGGAUCCAGCCAGUGGGCCAUUUCCAUAUGCAAAAUGUUUCAUCUGUGGUGAGAUGGGGCACCUGUCAAGGUCGUGUCCGGAUAAUCCCAAAGGACUGUAUGCUGAAGGUGGGGGCUGCAAACUUUGUGGCUCUGUGGAGCACUUCAAAAAGGACUGCCCAGAGAAACAGAACGCAGAGCAGCUGACAGUUGGGCGGUGGGUCUCUGGAAUGAGUGCGGACCAUGAGGAAGUCACUGAAGCACCAAAGCUGCAGAAGCCAAAAGCCAAAGUACCCAAAGUUGUGACUUUUUGAAGGUCUCUUGGCCCUUCACUGCUGCUUUGCUGCAGAAGAGUGACUACAGAGAGCUGGUUCCAAAAAAUCAAGCAGAGUGCUGCUGAAUUGUUAUUUUUUUGUCUCCCUUCAUUUUUCCAGUUUGCCUCCCAGACUUGCCUAGCUCCCUGAAAAGCUAGGAACAACAGAAAUACACCAAGUGGGUAUUUUACUAAAGGGAUUCUGGGUACUUUUUAAAGGUUCUUGUUGGGUUCUGGCUUGGUUUUGCCUUCUCCUUUUAGGAAUAACUGAUUUUUUCCUCUAUAUGUGCCAGCUUGGCACAUAUGUAACUUCUUGUGGUGAAGUUACAGGUAAACCCUACGGCCUGUCUAGCUUGGGGGUGCAAUUCCUGCUACUCGUGGUUGUCAUUAACAAUCAUUAUUGUUAGUGCGUGUUGGAUUGUUUAUUUGUUCAGUAACAAACAGAAUCAUGCCCUGCCUUUGAUACCUGUGGUGAAAAACACCUGAAAAGAGCUGGAGAACAAGUGAGAAGUUUGCUUAGUUUCUUUACUUUUUUUCAAGGAAAAUGCUCAAAAAUCUUCAUUGUUUCUAUCCCUUGGCAAGUUGGGAAUGUAUACUACACCUCCUGCUAGCUGGCAGACCUACUGUUUUGAAAUGGAGACCGUAGCCUUAGAAAAACUGAGGCAUAUUAAAGAAAAGUUAGGAAAACAACUCAAAAGAGAGUUCCCCCAGCAUGUUGUGCUACUGGAGAAGAGCACCCUGAGCUCCUCUCACAAGCUUUUCUUGAAGCAAAAAACAAAUAUGGGGAGUUAAAUUGUGUGGAUAUAUUUUAUAUUUGUACAUGUUAAUUAUUUUUAAUAAAAAUGCUGCUAAAGAAUAUAA